AUGCAAGAUCACUACAACAAAGUUAGUAGAUAUGUAGCUGCAAUCAAGGCAGUUAGUCCAGAUAGUGUAGUUGAGUUGGUUGUUGAUGAAAGUACUCGGAACAAUCCUCCCAUCUUCCAGAGAUUGUUCACUUGCUUUGAUGGGUUAAGGAAAGGUUGGCUUCAGGGUUGCAGGAGGAUAAUUUGUGUGGAUGCAGCAUUUUUGAAAACAUUUCUAGGGGGGCAGCUUCUUUCAGCAGUUGGAAGGGACCCCAAUGAUCAAAUGUUUCCCAUUGCGUGGGCAGUGGUGGAAGGGGAAAACAAUUUGUCAUGGGGGUGGUUCUUCACUAUUUUACAGUCGUGCUUGGACCUAGGGGAUGGCAGUGGUGUUGCUAUAGUCUCUGAUGAGCAUCCGGCAAUAUUGAAUGCUGUGGCCACUGUGUUGCCUAAGGCAGAGCAUAGACAUUGUGCUCGACAUGUCUAUGCUAAUUGGCAGAAGAGAGGGUUUAGAGGGGAUGAAAUGAGAAAGGCCUUUUGGAAAGUAGCCAAAGCUUACAACAUAACUGAUUAUAAUGAGGGUUUAGAAGAACUAGAAGAAGCUUACCCUGCUGCUGCUGAAUCAUUUAGGAGUUACAACCCAAAGUGCUUUUGUAGAGCCUUUUUGAACCCUGCCAUUAAAUGUGAUGCCAUUACAAACAACAUGGCAGAGACAUUUAAUGGUUUCAUCAUUAAUGCUAGGACACAACAUCUGCUUUACAUGAAAGAGGAGAUAAGGGCAGCUUUGAUGAAAAGGGUGUGUCUCAAAAAACAGGAGAUGCAGAAGGGCACAACACUACUUUGCCCUAGAAUUCAAUCAAUACUUGACAAAGAGAAGGAAAAGGCAGUGUAUUGUGAUGUGAUACCUUCUACUGAGAGCAUAUUCAAUGUGAAUCACAACUUAGACUCCCUAAUUGUGAAUUUACCUGACAAGUCUUGCACUUGUAGGAAGUGGGACUUAAUGGGAGUGCCUUGCUGUCAUGGUAUUGCCUGCAUCUAUUUUUUGGGCAAAGAGGCAGAGGAUUAUGUAGAGGAGUGUUACAAAAGAGAGGUGUAUUUGAGGGUUUAUGGUCAUCCUGUCCCAGCCUGUGAAGGUGAGCGACAUUGGCCAAAGGUUGACCAAAAAAUAGAUCCUCCACCUAUUAAGAUAGGGCCUGGGAGGCCAAGGAAAAAUAGGAUUAAGGAUCCCCAUGAAAAUCCUAAGAAACCAGGCACACUUACUAGGCAUGGAAUGGAGAUGACCUGUAGGUUGUGCAACACAAAAGGACAUAAUAAAAGAGGCUGCCAUUAA